ACGGUGCGUUUUAGGACGACUCAACCUCUUGUAUCAUUUGCUCGUCUUUCAACUCCGGACUAUAACCUCGCCGUCUUUUGGCGCCUCUUCACUGAAUCCCAGUCUCUCUCUCUCUCUCUCCGGCGAAAAGCCAUGUUGCGAAGGUCCAUUCUCCAAAUUUCGUCGCGUCGUGCCGUUCGGAGGAUCCAAAGUCAGCACGUUCCUAGGUUUUUGAGAAAGGAGUUCUCCGCCGCGGUCCAGAAGAAUCCGGCGGCCGCUCAGCCCGGCGGUCCGGGCAAGCCACCGGAGAAGUCUGGCGGUUCAAACGCUCUUAUCUUUGGAGGUCUUGUUGUUGGUGGAGGGGCUGCUUUGGCUUACGGAACUGGCUAUCUGGACCCGAUUCUCGGCCAGAAGAAGCAGCCGGAACCGGAAGUUGAAGUGAUUGUCAAUGAGGAUGUAGGUGUGGAAGAGAAUGUGCCGCGUGUGGAGGAAGAGAGUAGCAAACUGAGCUUUGCUCCUGAGGUUUCUGAGGAGAGGAGUGAUGCACAGUCAGAGGAUGUUGCCAAGUUUGAAGGUUCGGGUGAAAGCGAGUCGAAGGUGGAGGAUAAAUCUGUGGUCAGUGAUGUAACAGCUGAGAAGGAUUUGCGGGAGGUUUCGCAAAAUGCAAAUGUUGGAGUAUCGUCUGAAGAGAAUGUAGAUGAUAAAAGUGUAGAGGAGAAAACUAGUGAGGUGCCCAAGGAGGAGGUUGAAACUGCACCGGUGUUUACCGAGAUUGAUCAGCAAGAGAAUGAGAUUAAAGCAUUGGCUCCUCAACAGGAAAUCAUAGAAGACAAGGCACAGGAUGCAAUAGCUAAUGUUGAAGAACCACCAAGUUCUUUGCUCAGUGAAUAUAAUCUGAAGGACGAGGCUGAUGGAGGCAGUGAGACUAAUAUUAGUACACAAGGCAGUAAUGAAUACAAUCCACUUCCUAAAGAAAAAGAGGCCUUAAUUGGUGCUAUUGAAGGGUUGGAUGAUGCUUACAUAUCCAAAGAUGGAAAGUUAGUUCUUGACUUCUUGCAAGCAAUUCAUGCUGCUGAAAAAAGGCAAGCUGAGUUAGAUGCUCGUGUUUCUUCUGAAGAAAAGAGAGCAUUAAAGGAGAAGUAUGAAAAGAAACUGAAGGAUGCUGGCAUUAGGGAAAUGAUGCUUGCAGAAGAGGCAGCAAUGCUAGACAAGGAAUUAAAGAGAGAAAGAGCAAAAGCAGUUGCUGCACUCAAGUCACUUCAAGAAAAACUUGAAGAGAAAUAUAAGACAGAACUUGAGCAGAAGGAAAACGAAGCAGAAAUGAAGUUAAAAAAGGUUGAGGAAUUAGCAAAAGCUGAACUGGCUGCCACAAUUGCAAGUGAGAAGGCAUCCCAGAUUGAGAAAAUGACAGAAGCAAAUCUUCAUAUAAAUGCCUUGUGUGUUGCAUUCUAUGCAAGAUCUGAAGAAGCUCGUCAGACUCACUCUGCUCACAAGCUUGCUUUGGGGGCACUUGCACUGGAAGAUGCACUUUCCAAAGGGUUACCAAUCCACACAGAAAUAGAGGCUUUGGACACUUAUCUUGAAGGCAUUGAUAAAAAUUCAAUUUUGGAUUUGGUCCUAUCAUCACUUCCUGAGGAAACACGGAGGAGUGGCACAGAUACCUUGUUGCAAUUGAAUCAGAAGUUUGAUGCCUUAAAAGGGACAGUACGACACUUCAGCCUAAUCCCUCCUGGUGGCGGCGGCAUUUUGGCUCACUCUUUAGCACGGAUAGCAUCCUGGUUGAAGGUGAAGGAAGUAGAUCAAUCUGGAGAUGGGAUUGAGUCUAUCAUCAAUAAAGUGGAGUGCUACCUCGCUGAAGGAAAAUUAGUCGAAGCAGCAGAGGCACUAGAAGAAGGUGUCAAGGGCACCCAAGCAGCAGAAAUUGUGGGUGAUUGGGUGAAGCGUGCUAGGAAUAGGGCUAUCACGGAGCAAGCUCUGACACUACUCGAAUCAUAUGCCACAUCCAUUAGCGUCACAUAAAGUCCGAUUUUUUUAGUAAGAAUACUGAGUCUACAUAUUGUAUCGGGAGUAAUGCUCCGAGUGUAUCAGGGGUAACAUUUUGAGAUUGUAAUUUUUUGACAUAGCAUUGUAGCUUCCAGUGAUUUAGUUCUCAUUGAAGCAAACAGAUCAUCUAGUUCAAUCUGUUACCGGAAUGAAGAGUGAAAAUGAACCUCCUUUCUGUCAAAAAUGCUGACAGCAAUUGCUAUUC